GCAAGAGUAACUAAUAACUAGUUUUAACAUUUUUUUGUAGGAUUAAGCAUCAAAAUUAUGUACAGUUGAAAUACAAUAGUGAAAAUCGCUGAACUUCCCCAAUCCCAAACAUUAUAAUAUCAAUUUUAGUGAUAAAAAAUCGGACAUAAAGAAUUUUAUUCCACUCAUUGAAAGUCAUCGGAUUGUGACUGAGAUGAUUGUCGUGGGUGUAAUUAUGCUCCUGGGGUUUCCCUGGAGCACAAUCUGUCAAGAUGUCAAAGUUGUGGAGGCGCCAAAUAAUCCCGGUGACAAUGAGCCGGACUUCGUCACGCCUGAGUAUAUUCUGCCGUGCAGCCGAAGUGACCCAGCGAUCGACACGUGCAUACAAAAGGCUUUCAAUCACUUGAAACCGUAUCUUAUCGAAGGUAUACCGGAGCUGGAAUUGCCCCCCAUUGAACCCUUGACGAUUCCUCGAUUGGGAAUGGAAAACGGACAAGGCGCUGUUCGAGUAAGUGCUUUGUUCUCAAACAUCACGGCAAUCGGACCCGGAAAUUACACGGUUGGACGGGUCCGGGUGGAUCUACGAAACCUGCGGCUUGACCUACAUCUCACCAUCCCCAAGAUCGAGCUCCAAGGACACUACGAGGUCGCCGGGAAUGUACUACUGUUUCCAAUUCAGAGUCAGGGUAACUUCUGGGCGUUAUUCGGUGAUGUAGAAGCAAUCGCUCGGGUCCAAGGUGUGGAGGAGGUACGUGAGGGUGUGCGUUACAUGAGAAUUGCUCGUCUCCUCGUGGACUUCAGUCUCGGACGUGCACGUUUUCGUGUGGUUGACCAGCUGAAUGGUAAUAAUGUAAUUGGUCAAGCAAUGAAUCAAUUUUUAAAUCAAAAUGCCAAGGAAAUUAUCGAGGAAAUGAGACCAGCAGCUAGUGCCAGUAUUGCAAAACACUUCAUGUCAUUUUUAAACACGGCAUUUACCAAAGUACCACUCAAGGUCUGGCUGCAUGACACGUGAAUAUCCGACUCUCAUAUUUUAUUGUUCUCAUAAAUUUAUUCGACUGUAAAUUUAUAGCUAGAAUAGUCCUCGUAAGUCUGUGAAUAUUUGUGUCUGUUAUAUUUUUCAUCAUACAUAUCUGUAUUACUUAUUGUACUUAAUUAACUUAUAAAUUCUAGAAAAUGUUU